CCUAUAUAGCCUCCCUCCGUGCACUCCUCGUCUUUGACUCUGCUCUUUCUCUCUCUGCAAAUCAGCAUCACGCGCCCUCUCUCUCUCUCUCUCUCUAUCUCUCUCUUGAAUCUCUGUGUUUUUCUGGGUUUCUGAGGAUAAGCAAAUCUGAGUGCCUGAUUUGGACCUUCAUUCACUGGAGCUUAGACUAGAUUAAGAAACUCAACCAGCAACAGCUGUGGCGAACUUGCAGAGUGAAGAACACUAUGCGGUGGUAUAGUCUUUCAAUUGAUGUGUUUCGGAAAGUGAUCUCCUUGAACUUGUACUGCCGUGUGAUUCUGUAAAAUUGACCUCGCUCUUGUAAUCAGUUCUUGAUUUAUUGCUCAUUUCACCCCCCUAGAGAAUAGUUUGUUGUGCUUCUUGCAAUGGGAUCCACUCGUUUCAUUGUCAUUCCUUGCUACGUCCGCUGGAUUAGCUGAGAUUUACCUUCUUUUCCGGCUUCCUCCCUGUUGUUUUCUCGAAGAUUUUUGAACCAUUGCCUUUCUAGCGUUUGCUUGUUUGUGUCUGUUUUGAUUCGGUGUUGUAGAUUUAGUCUCGAGAGUAUUCAAUUCUAAAGCCUUGCCAAUCAAGUUUGUGUCUUUAGUCUUGAGAGUAUUCAAUUCUAAGCAUUGCCAAUCGGUAUCUGGUGGGUAUUUCUUGUGUGGUUUUGAGUAAAAGGUGCGAGUGUUUGGGAUCUUUGAUAAUUUUUUGCUGGAAGAUUGCGGUGUUGCUUUGUGAGGAAGGGUUGGGAACAAGUAGUUAUGGUAAGCCAAGCAGCUAGUAAGACGAGAUUCCGGGCAUUGAAACAUGAAAAUGGAGUUGCGGGGAGUGCCACCAUAAUAGUUAGAGUCAUAGCAUGCUUUCAACCUCUCCAGGAUUGCCAGGCUGAAUAUUUCCGUCACUUGUUGAAACCUGUAACGUAGAUUGAUUUUCUUUCCACUGCAUUCAAGUUAAGCCGAAGAUUUUUCAUUUUUCAUUAUUUCUCAAUAUCUCAAGAAGUGUUCAGCAGAUCGUAGUACCAAAAACUAUCGUAGAACUGGUGAUUGCUGCAAUUGAAUGGAAAAGGACUUUAAUUCUUGGUUCCAGCACCGGUGUUUAGACGUGCAAUCACCCGUCUUGAAUUCUUCGGGUGCACGAGUUGAUACACAACUGCAGAAUAAUUUUUCUGCAUUUAUGAUUCCUUGUUACAAUGGGGUAUCGACAAAUGGGAAUUUUCCCUUGUCCUCGUAUACUGCCCCGCUGCAGUUUAGGGCAAACCAACCAAAUGAGCCUCGGUUUUACGGUUUGCCUAAUUUCCAUCAGGGCUCAAAUCCGUUACUGAAAUCCGUAACUAAAGAGAAAGAUCCAGCUGGGUCGGUUCAAAAUCUUGGAUGGAUUGGAAAUCCCGCCGAAAGGAAGUUUCUUGUUUUUGAUCAAUCUGGUGAUCAGACGAGGUUGCUCUACAGUUCUGCAAAUGAUGCUCCUGCAACGGGUGUUCUUCCGUGGCUUCAAAAGCCGCCUUCAAUGGCUUAUAAUUCGACGAAGGGUCAGCUGGGGAGUAGAAUAAACAAAGCGUCUCCCCUGGGCCGCUUUCUUGGUGACGAAUGUAUUGAAGACAACCUUAGAGGUGGUGUCGAGGAAAGUGAAAUGCGGGAAGAUACUGAAGAACUAAAUGCUCUACUCUACUCUGAUGAUGAUGACGAUGACGAUGAUGAUGAUGACGGUGAAUACUCCGAGGACGACGAAGAAAUCAGCACGGGUCAUUCUCCUAGUACCAUGACAGCACAUAAUAAGCACGAGUGGCUCGACGAAAGGAUUGAAGAAGUUGGUAGUUCCGAUGAACCAUCCAAAAGGCUUAAACUGAUCGACGGUAGCUAUGGUGUUCCGUGCCCUCUAGACAAUGCAACGCCCGCAAAACCCUUUGGAUGCUCCGAGCUAGAGGACGAUGCAGAAUCUAGCUGUGGCAACAUCGACGAGGACUACCAAGUUUCAGGGGUAUCGGGGAGGAAAAGAUCGAGAAAAGAGAAAAUACGGGAAACCCUAAGCCUUCUACAGAAGAUCAUCCCCGGUGGGAGAAAAGGCAAAGACGCAAUGGAUGUUAUUGAUGGAACGAUUCGGUACUUGAAAUCCCUGAAAGUCGAGGCCAAGUCUCUGAGGCUUGAUGCGCUCUAGAACCAAACAUUAUUCGAGCACCGAGUAACAGUAGUAGCAGUAGUAGUAGUACUAAUAGUGGUGUCUUUUCCAUACCUUUUCUUUUGCUGCAAUGUUUGGAGUACUCCCCGAUGGUUUGUCAAUGGAAUAAAGGGAGUAUAAGUACAUUCUAGAGAGCUCGAUCAGACUGAUUGGCGAAGGGAGGAAUGAGCAGUUCUGGUUUAGAAAUCCGGGGGCUAAGAGUCAUGAUAUGAUGAGGUAAUAUCUUGACGCCUAAGAGAGGAAAAGAACACGCCGGCUUGCUUUGAGAGUUGAGUUGUUUUCUGGGAAUGGAUGAUUGUGUGUUGAUCCCCCAUGGGACCCUGGAAAGGGAGGAAUGCACGCUUGAUGGGGAAUUUGGGUCCCAAACCUCACUUUCCACCCCCUUUUUUUAGAUACUGUCACAUUACAUAUUGUGGGGAUUCCCCAAUCUUAUCCCACCAGUAAAUCACAGCAACAACAAUCUGCAACUAUUGCUGCACUUUCGCGUUACAUCAGGUAUUCCCCGCCCCCCGCCUUCAUCACCCCGGGACCACUCCUUUCCAACAGGUCUUACCUGACACGAACAUGAUUAGUCUUAGCUGAAUGGUCAAGAAAACUGGGCUCGAGGUCUUACUCCUGAACAUGAUUAGUCUUUAGCUGAAUGGUCAAAAGAACUGCGCUUCAGGUCUUACUUGACACGAACAUGAUUAGUCAGUCUUUUAGCUGAAUGGUCGGGAAAAAAGAACCUUUUUGUCGAGGUCUCAUAUCGCCAGAUGAGCCGAGUAACUUGCCUUGUGUGGGGAUGACAUGUUUAUAUAUAUUAUAUAUGUGUAUAUUUCUUUCCACAUAUAUAUAUAGUUGUUGUGAUGCAUGCUUUGAAGCCAUGAUGAUGGUGAUAUGUAUUUUUUUUUUCAAAUUAUUUUAGUAUUUGGGUGAGUGUUUUUGUGAAAUUGUCUACCAUGGCAAAUGGUGUCAUAGGUUGUCUUUAUCUCUCUUGUUCUUACAUGGCAUGCACGCAUUCUACAAGUGUGAGACAGAUAUGUUUGAGUUUUGAUUCCUUUGCCAAUUUGUAUAAUGUAAUGGUCUACAGUUGCUGGGCC